UGUUGGUGAUUGAAGGAUGGAGACGGGAAGAGGAAGCCCACAGGAGCAACAGCAACAGCAGCAGCUUACCAUUUUCUAUAACGGAAGGAUCUGCGUUUGUGGUGUUACAGAGCUUCAGGCUAGAGCCAUCUUACUGCUUGCAAGUAGUGAAAUGGAGGAAAAAACAAGAACCCCGACUGCCUCAGACGCGAUCUCGCCAUCUCUGCAUUCUCAGCUAUAUAGCCCUACUGCCCUUUCCAUGAAGAGAUCGCUGCAACGCUUCCUCCAGAAGCGGAAGAAUAGGAUGGAAGCAACCUCCCCAUACCAUCGCUAGUCAUGAAUCAUGACCACCUUUUUUUGGUUUGUCCUUUUAAUAUAAUCCAACGCGAUUCCUGAUUUUGAUCCAGUUGAGAAAACCCAUCUUGUAAAUUUUCUUGCUAUUCAUCCCUGAUGCCAUAUGAGACUUGUAAAUUAAGAAAAAUUUACACUCGUGUUCAUUAAAUUGCCUUU